ACUCCUUGUGAGCACUCGGAGCCCGAUCCUGAUCGCACACCACAAAGGGGAUGUGGACACACUAGAAUCGAAUUCCCUUGUAAAAAUAUUUCCAACGUGGUGUCUUUUUAGAAGUGCAAUUCAUCCGCAGUGUCAUUGUUUUGGUUUUUUUUUUAAUUCACGAUGAAGGCUGUUCCUCCUGUCCACCCCCAGGACUCCUCCUCCAGCAGCAGGGAGCUCUCCCUCCAACAUAUGCCCAAGCACAGCUUGCACAUCUCCCGGUCCAAUAUGGAAGAGGAGGAGCGGUGCUGUUUGCAGUACGACAUGAACGACUGCUACAGCCGACUGAAGCGCCUGGUGCCGACUAUACCGCAGGAUAAGAAAGUCAGCAAAGUGGAGAUCCUCCAACAUGUCAUUGACUACAUCCUGGACCUGCAGUUGGCCCUGGAGACGCACCCUUCUCUGCACAAACAAGCCCCUCAGCGGCACGGAACCUGCGCUCCCCCUGCGUCCAACCCCGGCCGAACGCCGCUCACGGUGCUCAACACCGAGCGCCACCAGAGGACAUCAAUUGUCAAAAAACCUGAGGACUCAAUUUUAUGCCGCUGAGACACAUAAGCACCACAAUGGUGUGCAGGCUGCACAGAGCCCGCUCCAAAAGCCAGCAAAAGCUUCGCCAGGGACUCACAGCCAACUGGAGGCACAAUCACAACAAAAUUUGGAAACCACUGGAAGGACGUAAACUCGCAUAUAAUGAACAUUUUUUUUUUCUUCCAUAGAGCAUGGAAUUUGCAUAAGACCCCUUAUUUGUCCCUAUUCGACCACAUUUUUCUUUUUGGUAAUGAAGGAAAUAUUUUUUAACCCCAAUUAUGAAUGAUUUUUUUUUUUUUUUUUGUGAAAAAAGCGAGUCCAGUUUAAAGCUUUACUGAACUGCAAAAGUUGUUGUACAUUUCUUGUAGACAUCUAUUGUUUAAAAUAGAUGGUUUGUGUCGGGAUCUUAAAAUAUUUGAUAUUGUAAAAAAAAAAAAAAGGACAAUUCAAUUUGAAAACCAUUAAGAUUGUACAUAAAGAGAAAUAAAUGAUCUAUGGAAAAAAUAAUGUAUGUUAAAGGGAUACAUAUAUACUUCGAAUAGAUUAUUGUAAUUAUUCAGAUAUUUUUAUUAAAACCUUUUUUGUCGUUUUGUAAAUAUUGUGUUUCCACUUUGAAGUCUUUAGUCAAUGAAUGUGUUUUUUGUCCUCUCACAAUGAUAUCAGUUCACUUUGCAAAUAUGAAUAUGUAGCAUGUCGGGCUCAUUGAAGAGAUGUCAAACGUGCACUGAAGCAGGCCUCACUUUGUAGAUAAGCUUAUUUGCUCACUUGUUUUUAUACUCACUAACGAUGACUUUGACCCAUUUGGGGCAAUAGGCCACUCUGCUGCUUGAUGGUUGUUUGUUUUUUGUUUUUUUU